UCAAAGUCUAAACAUGGCGUCAGCAAUGGAUAUUGACGAUGAAGAAAGCGAUUUACCAACUUCUAGUAGCAGUAAAGGAGAGAAAAAACGUUUCGAGGUGAAAAAGUGGAACGCUGUGGCACUUUGGGCAUGGGAUAUCGUGGUAGACAACUGCGCUAUAUGCCGAAAUCAUAUAAUGGAUUUAUGUAUAGAAUGUCAAGCAAAUCAAGCAUCUGCCACUAGCGAGGAAUGUACUGUAGCUUGGGGUGUAUGCAAUCACGCAUUCCAUUUCCAUUGCAUCUCACGUUGGUUGAAGACUCGACAAGUUUGUCCAUUGGACAAUCGGGAGUGGGAGUUUCAGAAAUACGGACAUUAGCAAGAUGUAUUCAAUUACCGCAAACAUCGGAACCUUCAGGAAUGUCAAAGUCAACACAAGUUUAAUUAUGUGCUAACAACAAUAAACGGUUUGUUGUUAGAUGGGUGCAGAAAAUCAGUGAUAUACCUACGAGCGUCUUAGAAGCUCUUUGAAAGUGAAAAUAAAAGAACUAAAAAAUUUGUUUCAGUGUUUAGAAUGUUACUGCACGAGUAUCAAGUGCAAGAUGUUUUAAGAUGGAGAAGUAAGUCCUAAAAAUACGAGUUACCGAAACUUUCUUAUUCUGUCGGUUAUGCAUUAUGCCACAAUGUAACUUAUAGUCUUAAGUACUUGAAUAAAAAAAAAAGCUAUAAGAAAUACAACAAUUUCU